GAGGCCAAGGGAGACGACGCCAAGGCCGCCUCGGCCCGGGAGCUCCGGGCCGUCCAGCUGGAGGCCGACAAGCUGCGCACGGAGCUGUCUGGCGGCGCCCUGCGGAUCAACCCGCUCGCCCUGCGCUUCUUGGGCGCCGUCAAGAGGCUUGCUGGUGAGGUCACGCCGGCAGACUCGGCGGUCGCGCACAGCGGAUCGGAAGGCGACCUGGGGCAGGCCAUCGCUCACUUGGACUCCGUCGCCUGCAACGUUGAGGACGGUGUGCAGCGCGUCCUGUCGGAGCUGCGAGAGUUGCGGCUGCGGACGCAGGAGCAGGACGAGGAGAUUCGAGAGCUGAAGGUGCGCGGAGCGGCAGGCGCUGACGCGAGCGCGGCGCACCAGCGCGACCUCCAGGAGCUCCAGGACAGGAUCACAAGGCUGCAGGAGGAGCUCGCGGAGAUGCAGAGGGGCGUGGACGACAGGGCCGCCCAGGACAUGCAGAGGCGGGAGCUCGUCGAGACGCUACGCAUGGAGGCCUGCGAGCUGCGGCAGCGCUUCGGGGACAGGCUGACGGGCCUCGAGGGCGAACGAUCGCGCUUGCAGCGCAAG